AUUGAAUAAGUUCAAAAAUAUUAUUGAUGCAUCAAAAGAGAAUGAUACUGUCUACUGCCAGGCAACGAGAAUGUUGAGUGACAAGUUAUUUACUUGCAUAAUAAAGCCUGAAGAAGCCCAAGAUUUUUUCAAACUAAUCCAUAGAUUGGACUUGGGAAAUCCUCUGAUAGAGCCUUAUCGGCCUCAAUUGAAUGAAAUGGUUGCUAUUUAUUGUGUACAUACCGAUCCAUUCUGGAGACGCGGAAUUGUCUUAUCAGAGAGUAAUGGUCUCUUUAAUUUAGCAUUAGUAGACUUCGGACUUCCAGUCAUCUCAAAAGAUCUCAAAAAGAUGUCGGGUCAUAUGGAAAACAUUCCUUUGUUGUCUGUGAAUCUCCGUUUGAAUUCUAGUCCAUCAUCUGUUAUUCAACAGGAAGAUGUGUUGCGUGUCACACUGGUAAAGAAGCUUACAGAUUCAGGUGAAUGGGAGGCCGAAAUGUACUCAACAGGUGAUGAACCGAAACAUUUGGGAGCUGGACGUGUGUCCAGGUGGAACAUAGAGCCAGAUCAGGUGCCUGAACUCGCCACAUCCAAGCUGAAGUCUGGAGAUGUAGUCGUCAUCAGCUCAUUUCAAGAAAUCAACAAGAUGUAUGUGCGACCGGCCAAUCCUGAACUUGCCGAAUUCUAUCUCAUGCUGGAAGCAGACGUGGCAGCUGAAUUUACAUUGAGCAACUGCCUGGGCAGACCUCCAUUUAUGGGGGAGCUGGUUGCAGUAGUUUGGCAUCAUGACUGUAAGCAUUACAGGGCUCGAAUUUUAGAAAAAACCGACAAAAAAGAUUACUAUAAAGUCUUAUUUGUGGACCAUGGAAAUACAGACAUCAUUCAUACUUCCAGAAUGAUGUUGAUUUCAAACAAACUGAAAUCCAUUCCAGUCUGUGCGAUUGAAGUCGGCCUUGCAGAUAUCGAAUUUAAAACUCUGACACCAGCGGCUUAUGAUUACAUCAUCAAACUCGCUGCACAGGAGGAGUUGUUGAUAAUCACGUUUGAAAAUCAUAAAGAAGUUCAAUUGACCAAAGUAUCAGACAAAACAGAUCUAAAUAGAAAGAUUCGUGAUCUUUUGGAGCCGAGUUGGUUGAGAGAGCCGCACUUCAAUACAUCUUUGGCUCUACAAACAUACCCCAUGCUACUCGAUCUACCAUUACCUUCAGAAGAAAACCGAUUCAAGAUUGGAGAAACGGAAAGUAUUAUUUUGUCGUAUGUACCACCUUUUGAUAGUAGCACAGUACAUGACGGCCGCAUUCAGUUGGUAGCAUGCAAAGCUAGCAAGGCAUUGAUUGUGACCUACACCAAGGUGCUAUGUGAUCAGAUGUCAGAGUACAUUGCCAGUCGACAGAACGGCGAAGAAAUCAACAAGUAUGUGCCUCACAGGGGCGAACUCUGCGUUUGUCUUGGAGAGGAUAAUAUUCCAGUGAGAGCCGAAUGCGUGAGCUUAUUGAACGAUAAAUCAGCUCGCCUGGCAUACAUUGACUAUGGCCAUCAAGUUGAUGUGAAAUUUGAACGAAUCUACAAAAUGACGAAUGAUCUGAUGCAGUUGCCAGCCUAUGCCACAUACUGCUACGCUGACGGCUUUCCUGCGGAUACCACACCGGAGAAGUUGGCUGCUGCUUACAACGAACUGAACUUCUGCGAUGCAGAAAUAAAGGGCUUCGAAAAUGAGCAUUAUAAUAUCUUCAUUCCCGAGCUGAUUGCUCGAGUAUGAACUAUAUAACCACGCACAGGCCUAGAGCUCAUGUGGACAU